GCUAUUGGCGCACACAGCCGAGCAAGCCCGGAAGUGGACUGGCGGCGUACUUGUCGGGGAAAAGUGCCGGGGAAAAGGGACGGCGCAUGCGCAGUUGAGAGGCGCCGGCGGCGUGGGGCCAUGUCGGUGUUUCACGAUGAGGUGGAGAUCGAGGACUUUGAGUACGAUGAGGAGACCGAGACAUACAGCUACCCGUGCCCGUGCGGGGACCGCUUCCUCAUCACCCGGGAGGAUUUGGAGAAUGGGGAGGAUGUGGCCACCUGCCCCAGCUGCUCCUUGAUUGUGAGGGUGAUCUACGACCAGGAACAGUUUGUGUGUGGUGAAGUAGUCUCAGCACCUACAAGCAAGGAACUGGUUAAAUGCUGAUGAAUGCUAUAUGGACUCUGCUCUUCUUGAACAAAAAAACCCCAAUGUUUGGCUGUCAAUGUGGAAAAGACUCGCAGAGUUCUGUACUUCUGGAGAUGUUUGCUCCUCAAAUAUCAGUGCAGUGAUUGGCUACUAUCAAUUGUUUCUAGUAGCCAAAACAUAAGUGGGUUUGUGCCUGAAAGCAUAUAAUUCUUAAAUGAUUGUAAAAUGUUUUAAGACUUUGAGAAGCUCUCCAGGAUAGGAUGCAAAUCAACAAAAGCUUUUUCCAGUCCAUUGCAUAUAAGGUUGUGAAAUUUGUAUGCUAAACCUAGCUAAAGAGUAGCUAUUCUCCAGUCUCUGGACCUUGUAUCUGCACAGAAUGAAAUACGUGGAUUAUCAACCGUUGGGGGCUUAAGAAAAGGUUGGCUCUAUUAAUUAUAUAUGUUACAAAAUGGUUCACACAUGGAAAAAGUUGGACUGUUAGAAUGGUAGAAGAAUUUUUCUGGUUUGGGCAAUAGAAAGUGUUCUGGUUAGAAACAAACAGCUGCAGUUUCUGCCUUCAGUAGGUACAACUUAUUUGUUGAACCUGUCAUAUCUGUUGCUUGCUGCAUUAAAGUAAACACAUCUUUAGUCCUAGAGUCUUAAGCAAUCGUGGUUAUGGCUACCAAGCUAAACUUACUUAAAACAAACUAGAUAACUUCUGAUUCCCUUGUUUAGAUUGUGUGAAGAGAGACACGGUGGGCCACAUUUGGUAAUACUCAUGCAGUCCUGGUAACUUCCCAUGAAUGCACCUUCACUCCCAGUGGGGUGAAUAGGUGUACCUGCGAGUAGCAUUUGAUCCAAUUUUUUCUGAACAACUUGAAUGAACUCAUCUGACCCUACUACAUCAAAUACUCAAUAAGGCUGCAAGUUAUUCUCAGUGCUGUUUGUCAGUGUAUGAAUAGUGAAGCUGUGUUUCUGAUGUACUUCUCAACAUUUAUAUUAGGCUUUACCAGUGUAGACCCUGGUCUAGUAAGUGCUUUCCCAGCAGGAGUCUUUUCAUGAGUACAGGUUUGCAAAUGGUGGUCUUAAGACAGAGAGAACCUUGAAAGAACACACUCCAAAGCACUUUAUUCUUAGGCUGCUUUACAAAUUUAUACUUUAUAACACUUCUAUGGUUUGUUUACUACUCAUAUCACUCAGCUUGGGCACUGAAUAUAAAAAAGUCAGUUUCACUAUUUCUAGCUUUCCUGUGUUAACCCAAUCCUGCAAUAAGUGAGUUUGUAUGUGUUAGAGGGGAAUAACUACAUCUGAACAAAACCAUGGAAAAAAUUAUGAGAGUUAGUAAAACCUUGUUUUUGCAAAACCUAGAUGGUUCCAAAAUGUAUCCAUUAACUAAAAGUUCUGAAUCUGAACUGGAUGAUACUAUGAUUCUAACAAAUAAUUGUUUCACUGGAUGGCCACAAGGUGGUGCUGGAUUCCUAUGUUUAAAAACUGCUGUGGUCUCGAUUUAUUUAAAGUAUAUUUUUUACAAAUAUUUAUUUUGUUUAUUUAAAUAAAAGUUUUUAAAACUGUA